AUGCUUUUCACUUCACUUCGUUACGGGCUAUCACGACUUGCUAUUGCUGACAAAGGACUCAGUUCAACACGAAUUUUCUGCACAGCCUCUGCUCGAGCACCAACAAGUAGCGGAUCGAAGUCGAAUCCCGAUCGUUACACUCGUCAAACAAAUCUUCCGCUCCUUGAUCAGAAGAAAGCAUUCCAAAUACAUCACACUGCAAAAAUGAGAGAUAACCAGUAUGACAGAUAUGGAGGCGGAAGCCGAGGAGGAGGAGGCCGCGGCCGACUUCGUGACAUAGAUUGGAGUAAGGAAAACCUGAAGCCCAUUCAGAAGGAUUUCUACCACGAGCACGCGACAGUUUCUAGGAGAGAACAGUAUGAAAUCGAUCAGUGGAUUACUGAAAACCAAGUCACCGUCGAUGGACGUUCAAUUCCGCGGCCCGUAUGGGAAUUUAGCGAAGCUUCAUUUCCUAACGAGCUUGUCGACCUGUUGUACGCCAAAUUCCAAAAACCAACCGUCAUCCAAUCAAUAUCGUGGCCAAUUGCAAUGAGUGGUCGUGACAUAAUUUCCAUCGCCAAAACUGGUUCCGGGAAAACAUUAGCGGUUUCGGUUGACUUCUGCACCGCCCUUGGAUUGAAAAUGACGUGUCUGUUUGGUGGUGCUUCUAAGGCACCCCAAGCUCGUGAUCUUGAACGUGGUGUUGAUGUAGCAGUCGCCACCCCAGGAAGAUUGUUAGAUUUUCUGGAUAAUAACACCACAAAUAUUGAUGUCUUGACGAAAGCUGAAUAUAGGAUGCUUGAUAUGGGUUUUGAACCCCAAAUUCGGAAGAUAAUAGGACAAAUUAGGCCUGAUCGUCAAACUCUCAUGUUCUCAGCUACAUGGCCAAAGGAAGUGCGUGCCCUUGCAUCGGACUUCCAGAAAGACGCAGCAUUCCUCAAUGUCGGUUCCAUGGAACUGGCUGCAAAUCAUAACAUCACCCAAUUUGUAGAUGUAUUAGAAGAACAUGCAAAACAAGCUAGAAUGAUGCAACUCCUCAAUGAUAUAAUGAAUCAGCCUGAAUGUAAAACCAUUAUAUUCGUGGAAACAAAACGUAAAGCGGAUGAUUUGACUCGGUGGAUGCGUCGAGAUGGUUGGCCCACACUUUGCAUUCAUGGAGACAAAAACCAAGGGGAACGUGAUUGGGUCUUGAGUGGUGAGUCCGUCGAUUUAUCUCCUCAACAAAUCGUCCUCUCCUUCACGUGGCUGCGUGCGACUAGGAAAGUGUCGCUGCCAUGGUCGCCUACA